CGGGCGAAAAAGCGCCGCACGAAAAAUAAUAACCGGUUAAGCCGAAGCCGUUUUAUCUCUUUCAAUCCUUUUGGAUGACUCGAAAAAUACAUGCCGUCAGGUUAGCCGCCAACUUUUCCUCCGAGCUGGAUUAACAAUUGCACCAUUCUUUAUGUCUUGGGCUCGCUGUAUUUGGUAGGUGAAGUAUACAUGGACCUCCUACUACCUAUACAAUAUUCCUUACUAUAUUACUCUUUUCGAUCGUCUAUAUAGGCAGAACAGAAAAAAACAGUAAGCAGAGCAGAGAGGCAUAGGGAUGGUGCUUUUUGUCCACUCAACAUUCUACCUACGCCACUUUCGUCUAGUGUAACCCUUCCCAGCAGAAAGAUGGAGUCCGUUACCACUCCCCGGACCUCCAAUGAGUCUCCGGUAGUCGCCGCAACCAACUCCGCGGCCGCCAAGCCCAAGAAUCUGGAGAAGAAGAAAGCGGCAUUGGCACAUGAGCGGAUCUCAUAUCCCUUCUGGUUCGGAGGCAGCGCGAGCAGCUUCGCUGCAUGCGUCACGCACCCGCUCGAUCUCGUCAAGGUGCGGCUGCAACUGCGGUCUGGCGAUGCCCCCAAGAAUAUGAGCGGGACCUUCAUGCACAUUGUACGCUCGCAAGGGCCGCUCGGUCUUUAUAAUGGGCUGACGGCCUCGCUCCUUCGUCAAAUGACGUACUCUACAGUACGUUUCGGAGUAUAUGAAGAGCUGAAGCGGCGAUCGACACCCGAGGGCACAAAGCCGUCCUUGCCGCUCCUGAUCGGGCUCUCCACCUUCUCCGGUUUCCUCGGCGGCAUAUCGGGCAACGCGGCCGAUGUGACUAACGUGCGGAUGCAGCAAGACUUGGCGCUCCCGCCCGCCCAACGGAGGGGAUACAAGCACGGACUAGACGGGAUGUUCCGCAUGCUGCGUGAGGAGGGUGUGAAGAGUUGGUUCCGCGGCGUAUUGCCCAACAGUACGCGCGCUGCGCUCAUGAAUGCCAGCCAGCUAGCCAGUUACGAUACCUUCAAGUCCUUCCUGAUUACCUACACGCCCCUCGGCGACACCACUACCACACACUUCGCUAGCUCAUUGAUCGCCGGCUUCGUCGCUACUACCGUCUGCUCUCCCGUCGACGUCAUCAAGAGCCGAGUGAUGAGCACGAGCCACGAGCAAGGGAUCGCCCAUCUGCUGCGCGAGAUCUACGCUAAGGAGGGCGUGACGUGGAUGUUCAAGGGAUGGGUGCCUGCCUUUUUGAGGUUAGGACCACAAACGAUAUGUACAUUCUUAUUCCUAGAGGCACACCGCAAGGGUUAUAGAAAAUUCAAGGGGCUGGAAGACUGAGCUUCUCUUGGAUGUUACCUUACCUGCUUACAGACCAACUCUCGAUACAGCACUAAUAGAAAGGACUGGAUAUAGAGAUUAUACCUUGGAACAAUGGCGUUUUAGAAUGAGGGCUUUCUGCAUGACCACAGGCGUUUGGGCGGCAUGAUACUUGUAGCUAGACAGCAGCAGACUAAGCGAACAGCCCUUUAUAUUAU